AACUGUUUUCUUCCGAAACACAUUGUACAGAACAAAUACUCCAAGGACGUCGAGAAAAAGGUAUGGAAACAUUGAUUGAAUGAUAAUGUGUUAUUUAGCAUUAAUUAUGUACAGGUGGUCGUAUUGCCUCUGGAAUUGAGAUAGCAAAGCAAACAUUGAGAAUAACUUAUAAACUCUUAGGAAGCCAGAAGUGGUACUGAAUAAGAAUCUUGUUGUCUUAUCGGAUAAAAUUGCGUAGCAAUAAGUACAGGUCAAAAAUCCAUUGUACCUGCAGCUUGGGCCCGUCACGUUACAACAAAACGUAUCACAUUGUCCUGGCCAUAGGACCCGUCACGCGUGUGGCAGUCACGUAUAUAGCCGCAGGAUCCUCCUUCAAAAUGGGACUCUUCAACUCUUUGUUGUUCCACAACCACCUACCUGAAAAAUUCCACGACACCGGCACUUGCUAUAGCCACUUCUACUCUCUUGCACUUGAGACAGACUUCGACGCCGACAUCGAUAUUAUCAUGGCCGACGCGAUUCUCCCCCAAGAUGUCGAGAUGCAUGAUGAGGCGCGAGACACGCUCGGACCACUUCCCAAUAUUAUGAAUCGAGCACAGAUUCCUCCCGACGUAGAUGUACAGCCCUCCGCUCGUAGAGCACAGUCCUUACUCAUAAGAGGCCAGAGGACGCCGGCCAGACCAUCCAUUGGUGCCAUCGAGACCGACGACGACGUUUGCGACCCUGAACUGAAGUCAUUCAUCCGAACGGAAUUCAAGAAACAUAUCACCCGCGACUACCCUAUUGUUGAUUUCAUUGCUCAUGUAUGGAAUACCACUCCAUCUCAAAUACCCCCCGGCGAUUACGAACUCUCACGACGGGAGUGCAGGCAAUACGCGGCAGCUGCGAGAUAUUCUAAGACAUCCAAGUUGAGGAAGCUGGGCGAGACAGGUCCCCCACUGAUCGGACUUGGUGAAAGAGCGGAGACUGGCGCGUGCUACAUCUUCCAGGAGCUCUUCCAGAAGACAGCUAAAAUGGUCUUGGAUCGAUGGAAGACGGAGGACCCCGCAACUACGGAUGAGAUGGAGAGGAGCCGGUUCCAAGGUACUCUUCGCUUUCUAAACGAGAAAAUCGUUAAAGGGAACCACGCGAAUAUCAAACCGGACUUUGGCUAUGUCACAGAAAAUGGUGAGAAUAUGGACGCGAUUGCCUGGGACGCAUUUGGACUAUUCGGCGAGCUGAAGAAGGCCGACGACGCGGUAAACAACAUCGAGCCGGUGGUUGUUGACAGAAACAUGCUAGACCCAGCUGAACAGGAACCAUACACUCCCGCUUCCCUUCGUAAGAGCCGCAAGCGUUCGAGGCCCGAUUCCCCAGUUGAAGAACGCCCGUCCUCGAAGCAGCUUCGCAAAAACCAGUCUGACUCUGUGCUAAUCAAGAAAUCUAAACCAAAUGAACCCGGCCCCAAGACGCCCCCGCUGGCUAAAUUGACUCCGCAGGAGAUUGCGUUACUCAGGUUCAACCAGGAUAAUGAUGACAACUAUUCAGACCUCACGGGCAACGAAAUACAGGCAGCCAAGUACCUGAACGAGCUGCUCUCUCAUGGAACACGCAACUACGCUACCGGAUUCUUAGUUGAAAAUAAGAAGAUCAGUCUCUGGUACGGCGACCGAUUUGGGAUUAUCAAGUCCCGACUGUUCAACUUUCUCGAAGAACCUCACUACUUUCUCCUUAUGGUCACUGCCAUAUUCCGCGCAUCUGACACCGACCUCGGAUUUUGCCCCCUGAUCCGUAAUAUUCCUCGAAAUCACCUUUCAUAUAAAGGCGCAACUAUGACGGUUCCUAUGGCUCGCGAUCAUAAGGACAGGGAUAUUGGCGACGUAGAGUUUGAAGUCAGUACGACAGAGGCGAAACCAAUUGUUACAGCCUAUGGUACGGUUGGACGCGGAACGAUAGUCGUUCCUAUUUCCUCAGUCCAGCAGGAAAACGAAACGUGUUCCGCGAAGGAUCGACUUGUUGCGAAGAUGUCAUGGCAGCCAGUGAAGCGGAAUGAAGAAGGCCACAUCCGAACGAUACGCAGGACGCUAAAGAAGAGCAAGAACAAAGACGCUCGCGCUGCUUUGGCAUUCAUCGUUAAACUCAAAUGCUCGUCGACACUCGCCAUCGAUGAUCCGAACGUCAACCUUCCACGAGCAUUCAUGACGCAACUUCCAGAUGUUCCACAAGAUGAGAUGCGAGACUUCCGCAUACUCGUCAUGAAGGAGUACCUUCCACUUCAAUUCGUUGACACAGUGGACGAGUUGAAGAAAGUAUUGCGCGAUGCCCUUACAGGCCAUCACUGGGCUUGGACCAUCGCAAAAACUCUUCAUAGGGAUAUCAGCGUUUCUAACAUUAUGUUUCAUUGGAAGCGAGGCUGUGUCAUCGGUGUCCUAUGCGAUUGGGACCUUGCCGAGACGAAGGAGUAUCUUGGCGAGGACCCUGAACUUGCGGUCGACAAAGGGCAUUACGAGGCCGUCGGGAGAAUGUUAAAAGAAGCACAAGACAAGAAGGACGAUGAGACUCCCUAUGCUUCUACUAGCGUACCGCCCGUUGCUGCUCAGGAACCGGGGAUUCCUCAACCUCAGUACUCAAACACCAAAGCAACAGCCGGUGAAGGUGGAGCAAAUCAAGACGAAGAUGACGAAAGUGCCCGCCGCCGCAAAGCAAAGUAUCGAACUGGUACCGGUCCUUUCAUGGCACUGGACUUACUCGCUUCAGAUCGCAACCCGACCCAUCUUUACCGUCACGACCUAGAAUCGUUUUUCUGGGUUCUCGUCUGGUUUGUUGCAACACAUAACCCGAUCGCUCAUACUCUCGGCCGUAUCAACCAGUGGCAAGGCUCCGAUCUCGAUGCCGUAUAUUCUGUGAAGAACGCGUUCAUUAAGAGUGAUGCUGUAGCUCUAAAAGUGUUGAGCAAACGAGACGAGCAGUAUAAAUCGAUUUGGGCGAAGACUAUCUAUCCGCUACAGAGACUGUUCCAUCGAGUGGAAGCAAAGCUAGCUAAUUUGGAUGUCAUCAGGAGAGACUAUGUCGAUGCGUAUAUGGAAAACGAUAGGACCAAAAUGAAGAAAGUCGGGAAGGCAAUUGUCCGUGACGUGAAGGCAAGGAAUACCUUUGUCUCGUACGAAACUUUCAUGUCUCAUUUGUGAUUCACCAAUGCUGUGGGAAUUUAUAUUAUCAUUAUUUAUAUGAUUCGCUGGUUCAGGUAGUAAGUAUAUAGUGCUACUAGCACAUUGUUUGUGUCUUGAAGUUAUUCAUCACGCUAGAGGACUUCUAUAAAGUCUGUCUUCCAACUAAUGGGAGGUUUUACGACUACUCAAUUAGAUGCAUUCCUAGUAAAGUC